AUGCAGUCUUUUCGGGAAAGGUGUGGUUUCCACGGCAACCAGCAGAACUACCAACCAUCUUCACAGGAUUCCUCACGCCUGGAAAAUUACAGGCAUCAAAGUCAGCCUGGGCUCAAUUGCGUGCGUCAGCGACAGAUGACCAAAGGCUACUAUGCCCAGACGUCCUACCAAGGCUAUGAGAAUAACUCUGGGGAGAAAUACCCCCGGGGUGACAAGCACAUAAAUGUCCAGCAGCUGCAGGGCCGGGUCUCUUUUGCCAGUUUUCCUGAAGCCAAUGUGUACCCUGGACAGUAUUCCAGUGAAGAAGGUCUGCAGAACUGGGGGCAGACUCAGGCUCUGACUGGAGCAAAAUAUGAGGAAAAUGUAAUAAAGAAGUCUCCUGGAGAAGGAAGGGGAUACCAGGACCCUUCUGGACAAAUGUCAUUCCGUUCGCACUCUCUGCAGCACCCACAGCAGCCCAGUCUUAACUAUCCUAAGCUACCCAGGCAAAAAGUCCAAACUGACGUCCCAUCUUCCCCUCACCCCUUCUCUCAAUCUGCCCAUUUUAAUCAGAAUUUUCCAACUUCUACCUACUCCUCUGUGCCAGCAGGCAGCCCCGUUUCUCAUUCCUUCAAGAGUUGCACUGCCCCAUCUAACCCUCCACAUGAGCAUGCCAUCGCUGCUGCUGCUGCUGCUGCUGCUGCAGCAGCUGGCCAAAGGGUGCAAGCCAUGCAUGGUUACCAGGCAUCUAGAAUGGGUUCCUUUGAACAAUCACAACGACAUCACACGCAGGAAUCUUUGCACUACCAGACCAUGGCCAAAUACCAUGGGCAACAUUAUAGCCAACAAGGCCAAGCAUACUGCCAGCCUGAGGCCCCCAAUAGGACCCCAGAACAGUAUUACCAACCGUUUAGUCCCAGCGCCAGCCAUUCCCCGGCCCGAUCAGUGGGCAGAUCCCCGUCUUACAGUUCUACGCCAUCUCCUCUCAUGACAAACCUUGAAAACUUCCAAUACAACCAGCAACAGCAGCAGCAUAAUCCUAAUACAUUUCCUAUGGGUAUUUCUGAUCAUAGUCACUACAUGCCUCUUCUUAAUCCCUCUCCCACAGGUACUUCAAGCCCAGAGUCACAAACUAAAAGUCUACAAAAUGACAAAAUCCCAGAGACUUUGCUCUCUGACCUCAGUCUGCAAAGCCUUACAGCGCUCACUUCCCAAGUGGAGAACAUCUCUAGUACUGUUCAACAGUUACUUCUGUCCAAGUCUGGGAUUCCUCAAAAGAAGGGUAUUAAGACUUCUCCCAGGACCCCAGAGUCAAUGAAAACGCAACAUUGUAGCUCUGAAAGCAGUGCAUACUCUUCUGAACCAAUGGGUACGCCUCUGUCUGAAACAUUAGGAACUCCACAGUCUGUACAUGCUGAAAUGCAAGAUACUGACUACCUUAGUGGCUCUGAAGACCAGCUAGAGAGAAACUACAUGUACUGUGGUCCUGGACGAAGCCCUGGGAGGGCCAACAGUAUCAAAAUGAAACCCGAGUCUAUCUCUACUUGUUCUGUGACUUCACCUGAUAAUAUGUCUACAAAAUCUGAUGAUUCAUUUCAAAGCAUCCAUACUAGCCUUCCUCUGGAGACAUUUGCUAAGUUAGUGAGUAGCGAAAGGGAGUGUCCCCAUUUACUGGUUAAUGCACUGUCUCAAGAGGAGUUGUCUACAGAGAUCAUUGCUCUUCAAGAUGCUAUUGAUAAUGAGAAAGCAGAAAAGGCCUGGGCUGAUUCCCCAGAACUGAACAGUUCACCUAAAUCUCCAUUUAACCUGGAAAAUCACAGAUGUGUAGAAUCUGUUGUUAAGAACACGUGGUCAGAUCAAGGGGCUCCACAAGUAAUUCCAGAUGCUAUAAAGAAAGUUACACCAGAUAAAACUCAGAUGAAGAACAACAGUGAGUUCAGUGAACUUCCAAUAGUGCAAACAAAACUUGUGGACACCACUGAAAAAUCUGUUAGUCUGAAUAUAGAAAAAAACAUUGAGAAUGCAACAUCUAGCUCAAGCUAUACAAUUUACUCAAGUACAUUGGCUAACACAGGCUCAAAGAGUUCAGAUCCCUUUGAGUGGCCAGAUAAGAACAUGUCAGAGUCUUGUCUCAGGUGGAAAGAAAUUGAGUUGACUCUUCAUUCAGAUCUGCAGAAGGGUUUGUUUCAAAACAAGGAGAAUAAAGUUGAUAGCCAGCUGGAUGUUCCCGAUGUGGAAACACCUCUGGAAAAUGACUCCGGAGAAGAGUUUAACAAGGAGGGGGCAGAAGAAUUGACCUACACAGAAGACAGCAAAACUGACAAUGAGAAGUGGUUGGAGGAUACCAGAGAUUGUUACACCGAAGAUGAAUUUCAAGACAUCCCUGACCUACCAUCCCAAAAAGAAUCCAACUUAGAGCCAGAAGACUAUUCCUCUUUAUGUGACUUUUCAGAAAGAAAGUCUCUUAUAGAUGAUGAAUCCCUCCCAAAGCAGGUGAGGGAUUCAGAAGCAUUAUCUUCAAUCAAUACACCAGAAUCUAUAGAAAACCCAAGCACUGAGGAGAAAGAUAAUUCAGUUCAAUGUGCACAGCUGUCAGACAGCUCAAUCAUGUUACUUGGUCCAGCUGUUGAGACUGAGUCCAAAGUAAACAGCUGGUUUGAGUCUACAUUGUCACAUAUCAAAGCAGUAGAUGACACAAAGGAGAACAACGAAGAGAGCAAAGAGAUUGUGAAAGACUGUAAUGGAAGUCAGUUGGUAAUAGAAGCUAAAAAAGAAGUCGUCUCAACCCUGCCAGAGGAAGGAGAAACUGUUGACCAACAAGCAACAAAUGAACAGCCAGCAAUCUUGGAACCACCUGUGAAGAAAUCUCAACGUGGUCGAAGGUGCAAAGCAGCAGAAGCAAAAGUAACACAAAUGUCUGCACAGAACACAUCGGAAAGUAGCAACAAAGCUGGGAACCAAGAUGAGUUCAUGCAAACACAAAAUCUAAAUGCCACAACAGCAAUUCAAGUUGAGAAGACUCCUGUAACAGAAUCUACACCAGCAAGGAUGUGCACUCGUUCUUCCACUGCCAGAGUGGAACCACAAGAAUGUGGCACAGGGGUAACCUUGAAGGCACCACACCCUGAAAAACUGAGUAAAAGAGGAGCAUUCCGUGAGAAAGAGAGGGUCCCUUUUAAAGCUGGAAAGAGGGGUGGAAAAAAUGGUGGGAAAAUAAUGUCGACACUCACUGACCAGGAAACAAUAGCAGUACAAAAUAAACAGUCUUCUGUUCUUAGUGCUGGUCCAAAAUCCAAAAAAAUCAGCAUCCUAAAGGAUGAACAGUCUAUGAUUUUAAGGUCUCGUAGCAAGAAGCAGGAGUUAUUUCCAGCCAAAAGAAGAAGAGGGAAAAGAGGAAUGAAUUUUGUGCUUAAGAAACGUACAUCUUUAAAGAAGAUCAUUACAAACAACUGUACGGCAGCUGACACUUUUCCAAUUAUGCCAAAAAUAAGAAAAAGGAUGAAACUUGCAACCUCCAACAUUGGAACAAAUGUAAAAAACUCAGAACGGCCUUUGCAUUCUCUGAAGAGGAAAUCAAGCUUUAUUUCACCUGUCCCAGCCAAAAAGAAAAACUUGAUUGUACGCAGCAAAAAAGACAAAGGAACAAAAGUCAGAGAACCCUCCCAAUUUAUUCAAAAAAAUUAAGCCUGUCAAAAAGGAAAAAGUCAAGUUAAAGCUUGCUUCCAAGAAGGCUUGUAAAGUCAUCCUAAGUUCGCCUUCCAUAAGAAUGGCACCUGAAGUUUGCUUAAAAGUGACUUCACGGUCGCCUUAUCAUGGAGCUAUAAAAACAAAGGUUUUGCCACCUAGAAAAGGCAGAGGACUUAAACUGGAGGCAAUAGUGCAAAAGAUUACAUCACCAAAUCAGAAGAAACAAGGCACUCCUGUAGGAGAGACUGUUAAUGCUGGAGCAGCUGGUAACAAUACCUUAGUCGUUCCUUCUCAAGGCAAGGAGCUGAGAGAUAAUAGUUUCGUAAUAGCAGAUUCUGAAGCCAAGUUGUUGACUCAGGACAUGGUACAAAUUCAAUCCCCAAAGUCAGAGGCUGAAAUGCACGCUGUUAGCUGCCGAGGUGGCAAUAGGUCCUUCAAAGGUAAAUCUUACCACAAGAAAAAAGUGACUUCAAAUUCUCUCCAUGGACAAUUUGCCACACAACCCAGUGGCAAAGCUAGAGGGUAACUGCAGUUCAAAAAAACUUAAUGCAGUUCCUAAAAAAAAACUCAGGAGAGGUAGGUCAAAAAGUUCUCAGAGCACUUCCAAAAUGGCUGGCAAAACCCUACUAGCGGCUGCUCCUUCUGUUCUUUUGACUUCAAAAGACAAAUCCUUGUCAGAAAGCACUUUGCUAGCCAAUAAAUAUCGGCCCAAUGAGUGCAAAAUGUUGGAGGAGGGCUCCGCUAUUCCUGAGGCGGAUGAAGAGAUCUUGACACAAACCAGGGCCAGAAAAAAAACAAAGCAUCCAACUUUUAAUGGCUACAACAAGAGACAACGCAAGUGCUCUUCUCAAAACAAGUCAACUAGUCAACCACCUGGGAGCAAGAGAAGAGGAAAGAGGCAUAAUAUACCUCCCGUAACGCCUAAAGAACCAGAAAUCAAGCUGAAGUAUGUAUCAGCUAAACCGGUGAGGGCAGAAAAUAGAGUCCGCCUCUUCACACCGUUCAUUAAGGUGGAGAAAAAAAAUACAUUCACCACCAUCUGCACUGUAAUAAAUACUGCAGGGGAAGAGACGCGAUUACUGAAGGAGAGAAGUGCUGCUCACUCAGCAUCUCAAUCCGUCGCAUUUGCCAACCAAGGCAGCCUGCCUUUUUCCUCCCGGAUGCAGCUGGGACCUUUAGUGUGCAAAUCAGUCAGCUCUGGCUGUCUCCUUUGCUGCUUGUGCCGUUGCCCAGCCAAUUAUAAAGACUUGGGUGACCUGUGUGGGCCUUACUAUCCUAUGGACUGUUUGCCUAACAAGAAAUCCAGGCUGAAGGAUAAACCGAAAACAGAGGACGCAGACAAACCUUCCAAGGCCAUAGAUUCCCUCUGUGCAGGAGGUGGCGGGAGGCCGUCUUGUACAGACGGUGGAGCCACUGAAGUCAAACAGAAUACACUACGAUCUAGUGCUCGUGGAAUGCUCAGGAAGUUGCCCAGCUGUUACUGCUGCAACAAAAAGUUGGAGGUGACAGAGACUGAGAAACCCAGGAAACAUCAGUGUGGCAAAAUGGCCGAGGCAAACUCAGCAGAACCAGAAACGCAGGAGCACUGGGUGCAUGAAGCCUGUGCAGUUUGGACCAGCGGCGUUUACCUGGUAGCAGGGAAACUGUAUGGCAUCCAUGAAGCCAUUCAGAUGGCAGCUUCAGGGCUCUGUCCCAAGUGUCAAAAGCCUGGGGCCACCGUGGGCUGCAGCCACAAGGGAUGUGUCCAGUCCUACCACUACACGUGUGCCAUGGAGGCAGGCUGCUUAUUAAGUGAAGAGAACUUCUCACUAAGAUGUCCCAAACACAAG